AUGGCGAUGCGGCGGCGCUCCGUUCGGGACUCGCCGCUGUGCCGCCUCCGCGCCCGACGAAUUCUUUCCGCCUUUGUGAAGAUCCACCGCGAGUACGCUCUCUCCUUCCUCAAUUUCGAUCUGGCGGGGAAGCCCGUGGAGGUGUUUGAGGCUGCGCGCGUCGAGCGGAUGCUGCGGUCGGGGCAGUCGGCCGACGCGGAGCAUUACCUGGAGCGUUUCCUGCCGCCCAUCCCCGUCACGGACCGGAGCCCGCUGUCCAUCCUGCUCCGGGUCCACAUCCGCGUCUUCAGGAUCCUCUCCAAGGUCGCCGCCGGUGGUCCAUCGGGUGCAAAGAUGGCCGCACUCUUCGCAAACCCCAGCGAGUACAUGCUCCGGAGCCCCUACAGCGCCCGCCUGCACAAGAUCAUCGCCGGAAUGCACGCAGACAACAAGAGGGCCUCCAUGCUUUGGCAGAAGGUCGAGCCGGAUGCUCUGGACAAGAUCAUGGACAUGGUUGCUAGGUGUCCUGAACUGCAAGGUGAGGUGCGAUUGCCGCGUAAAAGGCCUCUGCUGUGGGACGCUGCCCCUAACAGUCUAAGGCAGUGCCCAAGCCGUUGCAGGAAUACAACCAACUGGGCACCAUCAAAUGUUCUCAUUCGUAAAUUUCUGCAGAAGAGGCUACUUUUGACUCAGGGGAAAACUCAUUCAGCGCUCUCAGGAAAUGCAUCCUCUCAAUCUGCUGUGCCACACACAAAACUGGAGACACUUGCGUCGUUCUAAACAAGCAAGACAUCGCAUCGAUGAACUCGACCCCAAGGCAUUACAUGAUUGGAGGUUGUUGCAGAUAAUGGAUAUAUGAAGGCUUGAUAGCACUGCAAAUAUGAACUUGUGGCGUUGUCUUUUUGGUCAGGCUGUAACUAUGAACUUGUGGAUAUAUGAAGGUUGCAGAUAAUGGUUGUUUAGGCAUGCGAAAUGAAUGAUGUGUUUUGUUGCCACUGUCUGUCUACUCUU